ACUGCAUGCAGUGAUGGAGCUAGCUGGGAGUGUGAAGCAGAUGUUCGAAUGUGUGGUGCGUUUAUGAACCUUUGCUUCGGUCCGCUCACAACCUCAGUCCUGAGAUUUGUACGGUCGGAGGAAAUCAGAAGUUCCAGGCAGACGUCUCCUCCGAUGUAGCAGUGCUCAGCACUGCCAGCAAUCAUGGCUACGGCGGACGGCGAUGGAUCGAAGAAGCGAGCUCCAGCCAUCAUAAAAUUAGCCGUACAAUGGGACAACAAGCAGCCUGUUCUUUACGAUUUUGACCAGAAACAACCACUCGCGGCGAUCGUACGGGCUAUGUGUCAAAGAUGGGGUAUUCAGAAUGCAGACCGGUUUGCCUUUAAGCACAUGGAUACCAACACGUACAUCACGGAAAAGAACCGUCAAAAUCUUGCCAAUGGAGUGAUUCUGAAGUUGGCGUUGUCUCCGGCUAUUGAAGCACGGGAUACGUUUGAGCUUCUCCGAGACUCGCCCGCCAAUGACUCGCAGAUAAUGCGAAGUCUGGCGUUGAUGUGCAAGGAUGCAUCGUUUGCCAGUGAGUUUGCAGCCUGCGGUGGACUAAGAACCCUAGCGCUGCGCAUCGAGCAACAGUCUGACACGUUACUGGAAAACGCUCAGCUUGGCCCAGCAUUAACAGCACUGCAGGAGCUUGUUGAUAAUGGUGGAAAUGUCUGGGGUGAACUCACGCCCAGUCUUGUUGCAAAAAUCUGUAGCUACGUUGUUAGUUCCAAUCCGGAUGCUUUGAUAAUGUCCAAGUCACUAAGCAUACUGGAGUCAGUUGUAUCCAGUAGUAACAAUGCUUCACUCAUUAAGGUGGUGCACGACAAAGUGACCAUCCAAGAAAUAGGCAAACAUUUGCAACAAACAAGUGACUUGGAUCGCAAGGUGAAUGCGCUGGGAGUAUUGAAUGCGCUAAUGAUGCGAGCGAGUAUCUCCGAGCGCCAAGACCUGCACAAGGACGCGUGCAGCUUCCGUCUUAGAGAGGCACUGUACAAUACGGUGGUGAAUCAGAAAGGUAACGUACAAGUAGAGAUGGCACAGCAGCUGCACAUCUACCAGGCGUUACAGCUGAGUCUUAUAGCUAAUCGCAUGCAGACAAGAUUUGACCCGGAUAACAAGCUCCACAUGGUCAGCUUGCAGGCUCUGCCACAGUCUGUAUUCCCGGAUGAGUACGCAACGCUUAGUAAUAGUAGGAGGCCGACGAUGGGUGGCAGUGGACCGGGUCUAGCUGGUGCAAACAUCUGGAAGAAGCUUGGAUUUGUGAAUGCAAACCCAGCUCAUGAUUUCAAUGAAGUUCCACCUGGAGUGCUUGCAUUGGAGUGUUUGGUGUUCUUCGCAAGGUCACAUCCUGAGAGUUGUAAUAAGUUUCUGCUGGAUAACAUGGCAAGACGCGAGACACAUCAGUGUCCGUUUGCACGGAGUGGCGUAGUUCUGUCACGGCUCCUCUGCGAUAUUCUUCAUGUCGGUGAAGUCGCGUCAGAAGUGGCCACCAACUUCCUGCCUAUUUUCUACUCAACGGAAUACUUCUUCGAAGAGCUCUUCUCAAUCUGCAUUCAGCUCUUGAAUAAAACCUGGAGAGAGAUGGGUGCUGGAGUUGUAGAUUUUGAGAAGGUGAUAACAGUAGUACGGAAGCAGAUCACGGAAGUGUUGAAGCUAAACCCACGCAACAUGGCAGAUCUCAAGCGUGAGCUAUGGGAGAUGACGUAUAGUCGUAUUAUUGGCAUCAUUGAUGACGAGAAGCACAAGAUUGUGGAUGUGACCACCCGUUCUAAGCCAGUCAUUGAGCUGCGCGAUCGCAUCAAGCCACAAGUCGUCGACCUUGUUAAGAAGCAGCGGUUACUGCAUCUGACGGAGGGAGCGCUGUUUCACACGUUCACUAACCGCGGUCGACAGCAGCGUGCUAACUGGUGUUGUCGCUUGUCACCAAACCAUCGCGUUCUGCAUUGGAACACACCGGAUGACAGCUGUACGCAUGUCUUACCGCUGGAAGAGCUGCCAAAGAAAGUUGCUGUGCAGGAGAUUCGAGAGCUGCUGUGUGGGCGUGACAAGGUGCCCAACUCUGUCAAAUCACAACAGUAUCAGUUUGCUCUUCGUGUGACCGAGUCAGAAAUGACGCUGGACUUUGUCGCGGAGGAUGAGAAACAAUAUGCAAUUUGGAUUGAUGGCCUUCGAGUUCUCCUCAACCAGCCGAUGGAACAUGCAUCAGAAGACAUUGACAUGCUGCUAAACAUGGACAUGAAACUACGCUUGCUGGAUGUUGAGAAUGCUCCUAUUCCGGACCAGCCACCCAAGAUCCCACCGGACCCACCGAAUCUCGACUUCUACUACAAAGAUCGCUAGGCCACGCUAGACAGGUUUUUGUUCAAUUGAGGAUUGCAAUAUCUCGUACCAAUGUAACAUUUCACCUUUAUAUUUCAAAGGUUUGCUAUCAGAGCAUCAUCAUCAUUAUCAUCAUCAUCAUCCUCGUAGUCAUGACAUACUAGCAUGCUGUUUACCCGGUUAGAGUAGCGCUGAAACUUGUUACAGCCUUCAUGAUGCGUCCCGUCACCGUUAUCACCUUAUCAAUAAUUUGCUUUCAAAACACGAAACACACGUGCCUUUUCGGCAAUGCUUCGCUAACUGCUGCUUAUGUGACUCCGUUGACCCACAUUGCUUCAAUGCCUUCUCGAACUGCAAUACCGUUUUUCCCAGUGUAUUUAGUACCUCUUCCCAAUGAAAUCUGCUCCUGUUUUCGUCCUUUUUCUCUUCUGGCAGUUGAUGAGUGAUUCCGGUUCAUAUGGGUAUCACUCCAUGUCUCUGGACUGUGAUGUAAUGCGAUGGGCUUUUCUGUACCUAAUGCCUUGGGAAUUCGUCUACACCAUGAUCACGUUUGUCUUAAAAUCUUCGUUGUUGUUCCGUAUAUCCUUCGCUUUUGUACAUGAUUUUCAAUACUCGGCCGUUUUCGUUUUGUUUGUUUUCCCGUUUUUUCCCCCAGCCGUAGAUCAUUUUCUUAUUCUUUUACUUCAAGUAUAUUGGUGUGCAUUGUUGCACGUGCAGCGAGCAGCAAACGUUUUUGACACUGCUUAGCUUAGGUCAAGCAAAUGUGGUCAGAUUGCAUUUUUAUUUUACACGUGCUCUAGCCACAUUUCCUCGGACUGUUUGUCUUGAGGGAGUUAAACAUAAUUGCCAGUACAGUCAUGUA